AAAGUAGAGCAGUCAAAAGGCAGACGGCCCAUCAAGAAGGCGCGACACAGCACGGCCUUAGAGCAAUCCUUUCAUUGCAAAGUAAAUGGAUCCAGUUCAACCAGCGGUUUCUUAGAGCCUUGAGUGCUUCUUUUGUUUGUUGCAUCCUCACAGUAUGUCUAGGUCGAGUGCAAUUUCCAGUUUCCAUAACUUUUUUGGCGUAAAGCCAGAUAAUCAGCUCGGAAGCGUACAUGAGAAAGUGUCGAAAAAUCUGCUGCUGAGUGUAUCCCUAUGUUCGGUUUUCAUCACGCGUACUGCUCCGACUCUCUCUGGCGAUGCUUUGAUAAGCAUUUCAUUUCCGAGCGCACCUGCAAAGCCACAUCAUUCCGCAACUUGCCGUUGUCAACACACUUCGCUUCACUCCAUCGCUUUCUUUGCCUGUCUCAUCAGCAUCUAAAUUCCUGCCAAAUGAAUACGUUUCUUGUUACCGCUCUCGCCGCGCUGACUGUUGCCACUCUCAUCAAUGGAGAAGAUUGCUCCGGAUUCCAGCAAAGUAAAGCUUACUGGUCAAUGAAGGACCUGCUAGGUGACACCAUGAACAGCUGCUCUGAUCAAUCAGGUUACAAUAUGCUGAAGUCCACAUCGCCUCCAACUGCCAAGGACACCGCCGCUAUGUGUAAGGUGAGCAUAUGCCAUGAUUUUAUUGAACAAGUAAGGAGCACCGAUCCCCCGGACUGCGACCUCUACAUUCCCUUGAGUGGUGCUGUCAUGAACGUCAAAAGCCUGGUUGACGAGUUCAAGCCAACGUGCGAAAAAUUAGAAUCAAGAAUGUUCCUCGCCUCGACACCAAAGUCAUUCAAUUUUCGUGGUGGUGUCUAGUCAUUUCGCAUAGAAAUUUUUCAAGCUAACCUGCGAAAUAUAGGACCUGUCUCACAUUUUGCAACCUAUAUUUGCGUUGGACAGUAGACCGACCAGCAGGAGCACUGAAAAGUAAGUUUAUAAUGUGAGUUAUGUAAAUACUUUGACAUAUUUUCAGUACAUAUUCGAGUCAGACAAAGUAUCCAGUUGUCUUUAUGUAAAACCAGCUAUGUAAUUUUGAAAGUUGGUUAUAACUAGAACUUAUCAAAAAAAUUUCUCUAAGCUCUAAUCUGAUAUGAAGGGGUACUAUCCUUCGCAGAGCAUAAAUUCAACAGAAUUCCCGUUUAUUUCUGUAUUCGAGAAAAAUGUGCAUUUGCAUCCCGUGUGACGACGAUUGUUGCUGUUGCCUCUGUGGCUCGCUAACCGCUCUGUGCUGCUGCUGUGGUGGAGAUGAUCGACACCGGCACAGUCACCAUCGCCACUCGCCUCGAGCCGACCGCGUUGUCUACGUGAAUCCUGUGGUUGUCCAACAAGGCCCUCCGCAGUACGGACAUCCACAUCACAACGGCGGAUAUUACGAUCGAGUUUAAUCAGAAAAAAUCCAGCGACGAUCGAAGUCGAAAUAUUGAUACUUAAGCAAGAUACAAGACAACCAUGAUGUACUUUGCAAGUAUAGACCCCGAAGGCUGCUCAUAGACGGUACUUUUGCAUGGUAUACCGAUAGAAAAAGCAGUAAAUUUAUUUUUUGAGUCUUCUUGUUGGGAA